AUGAUUUUCAAAAUAUUUUGUAGUUUACUACUGGUAACUUCCAAUUUUGCUUCUGCUCUAUAUGUCAAUGAAACUACGAGCUAUACACCAUACACUAAGACAUUAUCUCCAACAUACUCUAUUUCACCUCAAGAGACCACAUUAACGUACAGUGAUGAAACAACUACCUUCUACGUAACAUCUACUCUGUACUCUACCUACUGGUUCACUCCCUCUCAACCAGCUACUAUUACUAGUACACCUACUACUAGCCCCGCUACUUUGACUACAUCCACAAAUGAAUACACCACUACCUAUUCGGACACAGACACCACCUACACAUCUACUCUAACCUCUACUUAUAUAAUCACUCUCUCUGCGGAAUCCCUCAAUGAGAAGGCUGAACAGGUUUCCACGAGCGUCACAGAAAUUGCUUCUACGAUAACUGAGUCGGGCAGCACAUACACUUCUACUUUGACUUCAACCUUGUUGGUUACUGUAUACAAUUCCCAGGCUAGUGAUGCAAUGACGACGUCUACAGCUGGGAACGCCGCCUCCAACAUCGAUGCCCUAGAAAAGUUAGUUUCUGCUGAACAUCAAUCGCAAGCGGUUAAAAUCACAUCUGCUGAUGAAGAUUACUGUAGUGCGUCCACUGUAUAUGUUACAGUUACCUCUGCUGCAGUUACCCAACUAGUUACUACUACGGCGGAGCCAGUUGUUAAAUAUAUUACUGUAACUGCCGAUGCCAGUAAUGUUACAGGCACUGCUAACAAUGGUACCAACAUUUAA